AAGCAUGGUCAUAAGAAGAGCCAAUGCUGGAUACUACACCCACACCUCAAGCCGGCCAAGUGUAAGCUCAGGGAUCUGGAGCUUGACAUGCUGGUGCAUUGACACAGAAAGAGUGUUGAUUGACAUGGUUCUUUGGAGUAUGGCUCGGACAUAUUCAAAGAAUAUUGAAGUUUGGCGUGUUGCUGUUGUGUUACACAUGGACGAUAAUGUGUAACACAUCGACGUGGACAAAAGGAACUAAGACGUGAUGACGUGGAGAGUUCCCAUUGGCUGAUCUUGUUUGGACGUGAUUCACAAACUAGAAGAUCCUCAGAUCACCAAAUUGGAAGAUUUGGUGAUGCUGAUUUUAGGAAAAUAGAUAUUGCACAAUUGGAAAGAAUUGGUGGCAAUAUAUAGGAAAGCUUAGACUUAGGAUUAGGUUAAGCUUUCAACGAUAUAUUCUCACAGAAACACAAACAGGGGUUUUGGGGUUUCAGAAAGUGAGUGAUUUGUAAACGUGAUCAACAGGGGUUGGUUCACGCAAAGGGUAGAUUAAGAAUUGGUCCGUGACAAGCCGCGUGUAGCGUUGUGUAAUUCGGAUUAGACAAGUCUUUGUAAAAGAUUGUUUAAGUGAUUCUUAAUAAAGAGACAGUUGGUCUUGAAUCCUUUGUGUUCUUAUUGGUUUCACCUGCUGUAGACUUUUCAUUUGGUAUCAGAGCCGGUCACCUCGUUGGAUUCCGUAUUCACAUACAGGUUGAGGUCCUGCGGAAGAAGUCUUGAAACCAUGAAAGAAUUCAUCACCCUACCGAGUCUCUACAUGCUGGAAGAAGGGAAUUUUGUCCAUUGGAAAGCACGUAUGAGACAGAUCAUUCGCGGAAUAGAUGAAGACGCUUGGACUGCUGUUGAAAUAGGCUGGUCGGCACCUACUAUGCUCAUGGAAGAUAAAACAUAUGCUCCCAAACCGAAGGAGAGAUGGACAGAAUCUGAAAAAGCCGCAUCAAAAUUCAACUCUAAAGCACUUACUAUGAUAUUCUCAGCUGUUGAACUCGACCAAUUCAAGAUUAUCCAGGGCUGUGAAUCAGCAAAGGAGGCAUGGAAUGUGCUGGUUAUUCACUUUGAAGGUGACACAAGUGUAAGAAGAACAAGGAUUGAUCAUUUAGCUUCAAGGUUUGAGAACCUGCGAAUGGAAGAUGACGAGUCCAUUGCUGGCUUUGUGUCUAAGUUAAGUUCAAUUGCUAAUGAAGCUACUGUUCUGGGUAAGAAGUAUAAAGAAAAGAGGGAGAAGAAUAUACAAUGUCAAGAGUGUGAAGGCUUAGAUCAUCUUCGUAACAAAUGCCUCUUAGCAAAACGGAAAGAGCUCAAGUGUAUUGGAUGCAAGGGAUUUGGACACACAAAGAGUGAUUGUCCUGAUAAUCUGAAGAAAGACAAGUCUCUGUUAUGCUUUAGUGACACUGAAUCAGAAAGUGAGAGUGAUGAAGAAGAUUUGUUAAACAACUUUGUUGCUCUCGCUGGUCAAGACACAAUGGUUGAUCAUCAUUCUAGCGCAGACUCAAAUUCAAAUUCAGAUUCAGAGAGAGAAGGAGAAGAUGUGACUACUGAUCUCAAGUCUGAAUAUACAACAUUGUUCAAGAAAUUUGCAGAGCUCAGUCACGAAAACCUGCAACUCAUCAAAGAUACAGCCAUUUUGAAAGAGCAAGUCAACAUUCUGGAGCUAGAAAAACCUGCUACAAAAGCUGAGACAACAUCAAAGAUAGCAGAGAAUGAUGGUACAGACGAGCUUCAGUCUCUCAAGAUAGUGAUUGCAGAGCAAAAUCAAGUUCAACAAGAGUCUGAAAUAAAGUUUCAUCAAAUGAAACAGCUGCUGAAUCAAGAACUUGAGAAGAGUCAGCUUCUGGAAAGACAACUUACUGAGAACUACAAGAAAGUAAGAAUGUUGAACACUGGAUCAGCAAGUCUAGAUCAUAUCUUGUCAAUGGGGCAGUCUCCAAAAAUUAAUUGGGGUUUGGGUUAUAAAGGUUCAACUUCACAAGAUUAUGACAAGGCUGAAGGGAUGAGGUUCAUAAAAGCUGGAGUAAAAUCUGAUGACACACCAAAAGCUGCAGGACAAAAAGUUGACAAACCAAAAGCUGAAGAAAAAUCAGGAUCAGUGACAGAGUCUAAAGAGAAUCAAAACACAGCUUGUAGGAAUAGAGGCUUGUUAAGAGGAAAGCAAGGUCAUCAUGGAACUAGUUCUCAGGCAGUUGAAAAGAAUGAAGUUACCAAGGUUGUAAAGCGCUCAAUCCCAGUUGUUUCAGCUCAACUAAAGGAUGAAUCUCAAGCAAACAUUCUGACUCCAAAGAUACAAGACAAAAAAGUUGUUGCUAAGCGAAGGAAUGGCUGUCACUUUUGUGGUAAGAUCGGACAUAGUGUUGCUUACUGUUAUGCUCGCAGAAAUCAGGUUGCAAGAGCAUGGAGGCUGAAAUUGUGCUUCAUAGAGCCCAAGAAGUAUGGAUGUGUGUGGAUUGCUAAAAGAGAUCUUUAUCCUAAAUUCAGAAGACAAACGCGUCAUGGGUUACACCUUGAAACAGAUGUGUCACACAAGUCUGUUGCAGAACCUGUUGAAGAAGUUAUAUGUAACUUUGCUCGCAUUGAGGUCAAAGAACCAGAGAUCAUAAAUCAAGCUAGUCAGAAGCUAAUUCUCAAACAUGGUUUGUCACACCUGGGUAGAGAGAAGCAUACUACAGGUUGUGUAUGCAAUUUGUCUCAAAGUCACCUCGAAAAGGAAGAAAGGAUGAAAAGGAAAAAGGGAACUACAGGUCGUGGUGAUCAAGGAGUCACGGUUUAUGGAAGUUGUGACAAGAAGAAAACUGGUACAAAACUGAUUGGGCAUAUGAGUCAGAUGAGAUCAAUCAUCCCUAAAGCCAUCAUUGCUAAGACAGAGAAUCUGUCUCAGAAAGAUGUAACACACAGAGACGAAAGUGUUACACACGAGAGUAUAAGUGGGAGCUUGAUAUACCUCACUACCAGGCGAUCAGAUCUCGGUCUUACCACUGACAUAUGCACUCCAUGGCAAGCUAUUUCAAGAGUAUCACACCAAUUGGUUGUCAAAGAAAUCAGUAACCAUGUGAAAGGUAUCCUUAAGCUCAAGUUACAUUAUUCUUUUGACACUAACAUGAUGAUGGCAGGAACUUGUGAUGUCAAUUGGAUGUGUUACUGGGAUGAGAACAACUUGAAGAUGUGUCACAAGGCGUCACGUUGUCUUGCUGAAAUGGAAUACACAGCCUUGAAAAAGUUGUGGACCCUGAUAUUGGUAAAGAGAUCGACACACGUUGAGUAUGGUAGCCUUUUUGACCCUUUUGAUGUUCACUGCAAUAACUUGAAUGACAUCUGCAUAAUCGAGAAUCCUGUUCAAUUAUCAUUGACUAAGAAAGUAGAAAUUAGACAUCAUCCUGUUAGAGAAUUGAUCGAGGAAAAACUUGUUGUCAUUGAACAUGUUGCAUCUGAGAAUAAACUAGUUGACACAGUUACCAAACUACCUGAAUUCAAUGGCUUUUUGUGUAAGCGAAAAGUUUUUGGAAUCUCUGAUCUCUAACCUGUUUUGUCUUUGAGAGAAGGUCAUGUGCAUAACUGAAAUCACAUAUUGAGUCACACCAACUAAAACCUCUUGUCAGCAAGUUUUGUCCAUGUUAAUAACAGAAACUACAAUGACUGGGUCUGAUCAUAGCAGUUCACUGGAGAAAGACACUCAUCUCGGAACAGGAUGCAACACAUUUUGGUUCUGGUGUUGAUCACUGUCUGGAUUGAACGAAGUAACACGGGAGAGGAUGAGUGUAACACAUGCUGGGGUUUAAAAAAAAAAAAAAAAAAAAAAAAAAAAGGGAUAAGUUAAAAGUGUGUCCUGCAAAGAACAGGAAGUCUUACA